AUGUCGGCAGACGAAGAUGCCGCUGCCGACGCGGUGUUGAGCGACGUCGAGGAGGAAGAUGAUCCGAUUCCAAUUGCCAUACCAAGUCCGAGCCAAGAGCUCGAGCAGGAGCGAGCGUUACGCCAGGCGGCCGAGGAUUCGAAAUCUGAGCUACAGGACAAGUUCCUCCGGUUGAAGUCUCUAGCGCAUGAGGCCAUCAAGAAGCGAGACGAAUGCUCGAAGCAACGAGACCAAGGCGCGAAGGAAAAGGAUGAGGUUAUGACGCAGAGAGAUGAGUUCGCUGGGCAGCUUGACGAAGCUGUUAAGGUGAGGGAUGGAUUGCUAUCGGAAAUGGAGAAUUCACGGCACAUGCUGGUAAGUGGCAUUGAGAAGAUUUCUGGCAAAGUCAGCAGUUUCAAGAAUUUUGCAGCGGCUGGAUUGCCGAGAUCUCAGAAAUACUCUGGAUUCCCUGCGGUUGCUUAUGGAGUGAUUAAGAGGACCAAUGAGAUAGUUGAGGAGCUUGUUAGGCAGAUUGAUGCCACAGCCAAGUCUAGAAAUGAAGCUAGAGAACAGAUAGAGCAAAGGAACUAUGCGAUUGCCAUUGAGGUUUCUCAACUUGAAGCUACAAUAGAUAGAUUGAGAGAAGAGUUGGAGAAGAAAAGUUCGUCGGUAGAGAGGUUGGAGAAAGCCGUUGCGGAUAACAAUGGGAAGCUUUUAGAAGUUGAGAGGCAGCUGCUGUCUGAGAAGAUCCAAAUGGAGGAGAAAAUGAGGAAACUGGAAGCUGAAAUGGAAUCCUUGCGGCCUUUGUUGGUUGAUCAGUUGAAUUUGGUUUCACAAAUCCGUGAUCAGCUUUGUGAUGUUAUUAAGACAGUUGAUUCAAAUCAUUCAGAUUCAGACUUGUCAGAGUCUUUGUUUCUCCCACAACAAACAGGUAUUGGGGAGAAUGUCCGUGCUUCGGUUGCUGGCACGGAAUCCAUUCACGAGCUAACUAGAAUAGUGCUUGAGAAGGCAAAAGACUGGGCAGCGGAGAAGAUGUAUCAAGUGAAGAAGUUGAAUGAAACUGUGGAUCAAUUGAAUAAAGAGAAAGAACAAAUCAGCUCUUUACUAAGGAGUGCUUUGUCCAAGAGGAUGGCAUUAGACCCAGCUUCGAAAACAAAUGAAUUAUUUCAAGCUGCUGAGAAUGGUUUGCGAGAUUCUGGAAUCGAUUUCAAGUUCAAUAAGGUCCUUGCGGCUCCUCAUGGUAACAAUCGCCCAUCAAACGCGGAGGAGGAUGAAAUCUACAGUCUGGUAAUUGUUUGUUUGGUGAUAAUGUGA